AUGCACCCCUUGAUGACCAGCGUGUUGGCUCAACGCCAACUUAACGCUGCUGGUCAACUAUUCACACUGUCCGACUAUGACGUCAUCACCGACUUGGUACGGUAUUCGGUUGAUCUACUCGUUUUUACGACCGAUUUUUUGCAAUUUUUGCACGGUUUCCACGUGAUUGCAAUGAUUUUUUCAGUCGCCUCGGCAUCAGAGGAUUAUUUUUGCAUUUUUCCGGUUUUUCCUACUCUUCCUGCGAAGCCCAGUUGCCAUUUUUCUUUUAGUUUUUUCGUUUUAAUCAAAACGAGGCUCAUCUGA